AUGCGGGGGCCGCGGGGCCGCAGCGCUCUGGCCGCCUUUGCGUUGCUGGUGCUGCUCGGGGUAGCGGCGGGCGGCCCGGAGCCGCCGCCGAGCGAUGCCGCGGCUGUGGAGGCCGCGUUCGGGCUGGGGGCGGCCGCCGCUCCCGCCGCUCUGCCCGCUGGUUCUGCGGACGUGACAGUGGAGGACGAUGAGGGCGGUGUGGCCCCUGCAGGGCCCGGAGAGCCGGACGCUGAGGGCAGCGGAGAGGCCCGGACCGGCAGCAGGUCUCUGGUGAUCAUCAGCACUUUGGAUGGACGGAUUGCUGCACUGGAUCCAGAGAACAGUGGCAGAAAACAGUGGGAUCUGGAUGUGGGAUCAGGUUCUCUUGUGUCAUCCAGCCUCAGUAAACCAGAGGUGUUUGGAAACAAGAUCAUUAUCCCCUCCUUGGAUGGGGACCUGUUCCAGUGGGAUCGGGAUCGGGGCAGCAUGGAGGCCGUGCCCUUCACGGUGGAGUCUCUGCUCGAGUCAUCCUACAAAUUCGGCGAGGACGUUGUGCUGGUUGGGGGGAAGUCUCUGACCACCUACGGGCUGAGCUCCUAUUCAGGGAAGGUGAAGUACAUCUGCUCGGCCGUGGGCUGCCGCCGCUGGGACGACGAGGAGAGCGAGCAGGAGGAGACGCUGCUGUUGCACCGCACCCAGAAAACCGUCCGGGCUGUGGGGCCGCGUAGCGGCAACGAGAAGUGGAAUUUCAGUGUUGGUCACUUUGAGCUGCGCUAUGUCCCAGAUAUUGAAACUAGAGCAGGAUACAUUGAGAGCGAUUUUAAAUCAGCUAUGAACAAAGAAGAAACAAAAAUUAUUUCAGAGGUGGAUGAGCAGGAAGCUAUGAUGAAAGACACAGUGAUAAAGGUCUCUGUGGCUGACUGGAAGGUGAUGGCUUUUAACAGACGAGGAGGACAUCUGGAAUGGGAGUACCAGUUUUGCACUCCAAUUGCUUCUGCAUGGCUGCUUAAGGAUGGCAAAGUGAUUCCAAUCAGUCUGUUUGAUGACACAAGUUACACAGCAAAUAACGAGGUACCAGAGGAUGAAGAAGAUCUUGUGGAAGCUGCCAGAGGGGCCACAGAAUCCAGUGUCUAUUUGGGUAUGUUCAGGGGCCAGCUGUAUCUUCAAUCAUCAGUCAGAAUUUAUGAGAAAUUCCCAACCAACCCAAAGGCUCUGGAAUCCAGGAAUGAUAAUGCAAUUAUUCCUCUUCCCAAAAUCAAAUGGAAACCUUUAAUCCAGUCCCCUUCCAGGACCCCAGUGUUGGUGGGCUCUGAUGAGUUUGAUAAGUGUCUCAGCAAUGACAAGUAUUCUCAUGAGGAAUACAGCAACGGAGCGCUCUCAGUUCUGCAGUACCCAUAUGAUAAUGGUUAUUACUUACCCUACUACAAGAGGGAGAGAAACAAGCGCAGCAACCAGAUCACGGUUCGCUUUUUUGACGACACGAGUUACAAGAGCAUUCGCAAGAAGGAUCCUGUUCUGCUGCUGCACUGGUGGAAGGAGAUUGUUGGCACCAUUUUGUUCUGUAUCGUGGCCACCACCUUCAUUGUGCGCAAACUCUUCCACCCCCACCCUUACAGCAGACUGCGGAAGGAGUCUGAAACACAGUGUCAGACUGAUUGUAAGUAUGAGCCCACUUGUGGAGACAUUAAAGACAACAGCUGGAGUGAUGCCAAGAACUCUGGAUAUGUGUCAAGAUACCUGACAGAUUUUGAACCAAUCCAGUGUCUGGGUCGUGGAGGUUUUGGAGUGGUUUUUGAAGCCAGAAACAAAGUAGAUGACUGCAACUAUGCCAUCAAGAGGAUCCGAUUGCCCAACAGGGAGCUGGCUCGUGAGAAGGUGAUGAGGGAGGUGAAGGCUCUGGCGAAGCUCGAGCAUCCGGGGAUUGUUCGCUAUUUCAAUGCGUGGCUGGAAGCUCCCCCUGAGAGAUGGCAGGAAAAGAUGGAUGAGCAGUGGCUGAAAGAUGAGAGCACUGAUUGGCCACUCAGUUCUCCCAGCCCAAUGGAUGUCCCAUCAUUUAAGAUCACAACAGAGCCAUUUUCAACAGAGGAGCACAUUGAAGUUACUGCAGCUUCAUCAGAGAGGGUGAGGUCUGUGGGGAUACCCUGUGGUCAGUCAGAUUCAUCUGGAAGCCAGUUUUCCCCUCUGGAGUUUUCUGACACAGACAACAAGGACUUGCAGCACUCAGAAGAUCCCCUCUUAAACCUUCAGGACAGUGUCCUUACAGGCUGUGAUGUAGAAGACAGCACUAUCAACAGUAAUGAGCUGGGACACUCCUUGGAAAUUUGUCCUUCAGCUGUUCCUGUUGUACAUCUGAAGGAAGGGACCUCCUCCUCUAUUGUGUUUGAGGAUUCUGGCUGUGGAAAUGCCUCCAGUAAGGAAGAGAAAGUUGAUGUUUCACAUAAUGAGAGUCCUUCUGAGGAUAAAGGGAAAAGUACAAAGGAAUCUGAUAACAAGAAAUCUGCUUCAGGAAGUCCCCUCUCUGUUUCUCCUCCAAGGCCAACGAGUUUAAGCCUGGACCUUUCUAAAAACACUGCAGAAAAAGUGAAGCCCACCUCUCCAAAGGUGUAUCUGUACAUCCAGAUGCAGCUGUGCAGGAAGGAGAACCUCAAAGACUGGAUGAGCAGGAGAUGCACCAUAGAGGAGAGGGAAAGGACAGAGUGUCUGCAGAUCUUUCUGCAGAUUGCUGAAGCUGUUGACUUCCUGCACAGCAAAGGAUUAAUGCACAGGGAUCUCAAGCCUUCCAAUAUAUUUUUCACAAUGGAUGACAUAGUAAAGGUUGGGGAUUUUGGACUGGUGACUGCUAUGGACCAAGAUGAGGAGGAGGAAUCAGUUCUGACCCCAAUGCCAGCUUAUGCCAGGCACACAGGACAAGUAGGGACCAAACUCUACAUGAGCCCAGAACAGAUCUGUGGCAACACCUAUUCUCACAAGGUGGAUAUCUUCUCUCUGGGACUGAUUCUCUUUGAGCUGCUCUACCCCUUCAGCACACAGAUGGAGAGGGUCAAGACUUUAAGUGAUGUUCGAAAUUUGAAUUUUCCACCAUUGUUCACUCAGAAAUAUGCACAAGAGUACACCAUGGUGAAGGACAUGCUCUCUCCAAGUCCCACUGAACGCCCAGAGGCUGCAGCAAUCAUAGAAAAUCCUGUCUUUGAAGACAUGGAGCUGCCCCCCAAGCCCGUGCUCAGGCAGAGGUCACGGACAAUGAGCCUAUCAGGAAAUAAACAUUCCAGACAACCAAGCAAAUAACUAUCCUCAGGAUCACUUCUUCCACUCGGCAGGUUUCACAGGGAUUGUUCAGCAGAAGGAUCCUAUGAUGCAGAAUGUUUAUCUUGGGAAUAGUUUACUUCAGCUUUUUUUGCCAUGUUUAAUGUAUAAGACAUGUUGGACAGAUUUCUGUUUACUUUGACAGCCAAGGAAGCCCAGUAACCAAACCUUUCACAUUCCAUUUUCCUUACCUUUGCUCUCCUAAGCAAACAGGUCCAGCUGCUGUGCUUGCCAAUGUUGUGCUCCAUUAUCCUUUUUUUGGGGGGUUUCUUGGGUUUUUUUGAAGCUUGUAAAUGUCAGCUUGCUGGGUGAGUGAGAGAUCUGUAACAUGUAAAUAGAAUUAAAAUACUGUAUUUUUAUAGAGCAAAUUACAGUCUCUAAGCCUAGUGAGUGUCUAUCCGGGUCACUUGCUCUUUGGUGAAAUGAAGAUGAUUUUGAAAUUAACUUUGACUCCAUUUUUGUCCCUGGUGGGUAAACUGGGAAUCUGCACUAUUUUUAAAGCAAAAAAGUACCACAGUUGUACAUAUUGUCACUGUCCAUAGCCUGUCAUUAGAGGAAAUCAUUUCAUACUUCUGCACUACAGUAGAUCUUAGGGAAUGCAUCUUACACGGAUGAAGCUGUAGAGAAGGAAAAGGAGCUUUUUGCCAUUAAAUGGGGGGUUUUAUAGGCAGUGGUUGGAAGAGCCAUAGUCAAAAUUAUGUACAAAAAUGUUGUGAUUCUGAAAAUUUAAACCUAAUGAAGUCAUACAUGUCGUAUGUAAUCUUGUAGAUUUGUACUUUUUAAAAAAAUCAACUGGUAGGCAUUUGUGUAAUCUGCUAAUUUAACUGCCUAAUGCCAUGCUUUUAUUUCUCACUGUAAAUAUGUUAAUUUUUAUUUAUAAAAUACAGAAUCAAUCCAUUUGGGUUGGUGGUGUACAGGAUGCACUUGUUGUAAUUGCUGAGUGCAUUGAAUUACUGUGACUUCUUUCAAGUCUAAAUGAUUUAAUAAAC